CCCUCCAUCGCGUGGGGCAUCAAUUUCUUUGUGACGCGUCUGUUUCCGAAGGAUACCUCCUUGCGCGGUCGCAACAACACUCUUUCGACCGUUGCGCGCCACCGACGGCCUGCCUGAAGAGCUGUAGGUAAAGCUCCAAGGCUUGCGUCGCGACGAGCGCAUCAAUCAGUCUUCCGCUUCAGCGCGAGCUGCAGCUGGGCCACAAGACAUCCAAUUCUGUAAUUUACGAUGGCUUUCCCGCCACCACCGCCGCCGCCUCCUCCUCCAGGGGCGCCUGGCUCUUCAUUCGGGGCUCUUCCCCCUCCUCCGCCUCCCCCAGGACCUCCUGGCACUGUCGGUCCCCCUGGCCUACGACCACCUAUCGACCCACAGGUAGCAAAAUUCGCGCAGAAGAAAAAGGACUGGCUGCGGCGACAGCGCCAGAGGUUUGGCGAAAGGAGAAAGGCAGGGUUCGUCGAGACACAAAAGGCGGAUCUUCCCCCGGAGCAUUUGCGCAAAGUUUUCAGGGACAUUGGAGAUGUUUCACAGAAGAAGUUCACAAGCGACAAGCGAAGCUACUUGGGCGCACUGAAGUUCAUGCCUCAUGCUGUCCUCAAGCUGUUGGAGAACAUGCCCAUGCCAUGGGAGAGCAGACGCGACGUCAAGGUCCUUUACCACACUAAUGGAUGUUUGACUUUGGUCAACGAAGUGCCACGUGUCAUCGAGCCAGUCUUUCAUGCGCAAUGGGCCGCAAUGUGGAUUGCGAUGCGCAAGGAAAAGAGCGACCGACGGCAUUUCAAGCGCAUGCGAUUCCCGCCAUUCGACGAUGAAGAGCCUCCUAUGUCGUACUCAGAGAAUAUCGAGGACGUGGAGCCAUUGGAACCGAUUCAGUUGGAGCUUGAUGAGGAUGAAGAUGGCCCGGUGUACGACUGGUUCUACGAUCACCGACCGUUGCUCGACACCCCACAUGUCAACGGACCGAGCUAUGAGAAAUGGAAUCUGGAUCUGCCUCAAAUGGCCACACUUUAUCGUCUAAGCGACAAGUUGCUCAGCGAUUUGGUGGACAAGAACUAUUUCCACAUGUUCGACCUGGACAGUUUCCUGACCGCCAAAGCCCUAAACGUAGCAAUCCCUGGAGGACCCCGUUUCGAGCCACUUUACAAGGAUAUCGACCCGAACGACGAGGACUUUGGCGAGUUCAAUGCGAUCGAUCGCAUCAUCUUCCGAUCUCCCAUUCGAACCGAGUAUCGUGUGUCUUUCCCGUUCCUUUACAACUCACUUCCGCGAUCCGUCAAGCUUGCGUGGUACUCCCACCCCCAAGUUGUGUAUGUUCGCAGCGAUAACCCUGAUCUCCCGGCAUUUUACUUCGAUCCCAUCAUCAACCCGAUUUCCUUGCGAGCGGUAGCGCCAACAAACAUCACGGUCAGCCACGAGGAUGAGGUCUUCGGAUACGGAAAUGACGAGGAUGAUGAAGAUGACUUCCAACUCCCUGACGAAGUGGAGCCUUUUAUGGCCGAAGAGGAGCUCUACACAGAUGAGACAGCUUCAGCAAUUGCGUUGUGGUGGGCACCGCAUCCUUUCGACAAGCGCUCAGGCAGGAUGGUGCGAGCGCAGGAUGUUCCUCUUGUGAAACAGUGGUAUCUCGAACACGUUCCCGCUGGACAGCCGGUGAAGGUCCGAGUCUCGUACCAGAAGCUUCUCAAGACUUACGUGUUGAACGAGCUCCACAACCGGCCUUCGAAAGCGCAAAACAAACAGAACUUGAUGACGACGCUGAAAAGCACGAAAUUCUUCCAACAGACCAAGAUUGACUGGGUAGAAGCCGGUUUGCAGGUCUGCCGACAGGGUUUCAACAUGUUGAACCUGCUCAUUCACCGAAAGAACCUUACAUACCUGCAUCUCGACUACAACUUCAACCUCAAGCCAGUGAAGACGCUCACCACCAAGGAACGAAAGAAGUCGCGUUUCGGAAACGCCUUCCACUUGAUGCGUGAGAUCCUGCGUCUGACCAAGCUGAUUGUCGAUGCCCAGGUGCAGUAUCGCCUCGGAAACAUCGAUGCCUUCCAACUUGCUGAUGGCAUUCUCUACGCUUUCAACCACGUUGGCCAGCUCACAGGAAUGUACCGUUACAAGUACAAAUUGAUGCACCAAAUCCGGUCAUGCAAGGAUCUGAAGCAUCUCAUUUACUAUCGAUUCAACUCGGGUCCCGUCGGCAAAGGUCCUGGAUGCGGUUUCUGGGCGCCGGCAUGGAGAGUCUGGCUGUUCUUCAUGCGUGGUAUUAUCCCACUUUUGGAGCGAUGGCUCGGCAACCUUCUUUCUCGACAAUUCGAAGGGCGUCACAGCAAGGGUGUUGCGAAAACGGUCACCAAGCAGCGUGUGGAGUCUCACUUCGAUCUCGAGCUUCGCGCUGCAGUAAUGAGUGAUCUUAUGGACAUGAUGCCCGAAGGUAUCAAGCAGAACAAGGUCAACACUGUCCUACAACAUCUUUCGGAAGCCUGGAGAUGCUGGAAGAGUAACAUCCCCUGGAAGGUCCCAGGUCUACCAGCGCCAAUCGAGAACAUCAUCCUUCGUUAUGUCAAGAGCAAGGCUGAUUGGUGGAUCUCUGUCGCACAUUACAACCGCGAGCGCAUCCGGCGAGGGGCCACUGUCGACAAGACGGUCGCGAAGAAGAAUCUGGGAAGACUGACGCGCUUGUGGUUGAAAGCUGAGCAGGAACGUCAACAUAACUACAUGAAGGACGGUCCCUACGUCUCUUCGGAGGAAGCUGUUGCGAUCUACACGACGAUGGUGCAUUGGUUGGAGGCGAGGAAGUUCCAACCGAUUCCUUUCCCUAGUGUAUCCUACAAGCACGACACGAAGAUCCUCAUUCUUGCACUUGAGCGUCUUCGUGAAGCAUACUCGGUCAAGGGCCGUCUCAACCAGAGUCAGCGUGAGGAACUUGCACUCAUUGAACAGGCUUACGACUCCCCUGGAACGACUCUGGCGAGGAUCAAGCGAUUCUUGUUGACGCAGCGAGCGUUCAAGGAAGUCGGCAUCGAUAUGAAUGACAAUUACAGCACAAUCAAUCCGGUGUACGAUAUCGAGCCGAUGGAGAAGAUCACGGAUGCUUAUCUCGAUCAAUAUCUGUGGUACCAAGCCGACCAGCGGCAUCUAUUCCCAGGCUGGAUCAAGCCUUCCGAUUCGGAAGUCCCACCCUUACUCACCUAUAAGUGGGCCCAGGGUAUCAAUAACUUGGAUCAAGUCUGGGAACAUGAAGAUGGACAAUGCAACGUUUUGAUUGAGACGCAGUUGUCCAAGGUGUAUGAGAAGAUGGAUCUGACGCUGCUCAACCGUUUGCUACGGUUGAUCAUGGACCACAACCUAGCAGACUACAUUACGGCCAAGAACAACGUUCAGCUCAACUACAAAGACAUGAACCACGUUAAUGCCUACGGCAUGAUCCGAGGUCUACAGUUUUCUGGCUUUGUCUUCCAGUUCUACGGACUCGUCUUGGAUAUUUUGCUACUUGGUCUCCAGCGAGCGAACGAGAUUGCAGGUGCUCCGGAAAGUCCGAACGACUUCCUCCAAUUCAAGGACAAGGAAACCGAGGUUCGCCACCCCAUUCGCCUCUACACCCGAUACAUUGAUCGCAUUUGGGUGUUCUUCCGAUUCACCGCCGAGGAAUCGAGGGACCUGAUUCAGCGAUUCUUGACCGAGAAUCCUGACCCCAACUUCGAGAACGUUAUUGGGUAUCGCAACAAGAAGUGUUGGCCGCGCGACUCCAGAAUGCGUUUGAUGCGUCACGAUGUCAACCUCGGACGGGCCGUAUUUUGGGACCUAAAGAACCGUUUGCCUCGCUCCAUCACCACUAUCGAGUGGGAUGAUACUUUCGCAAGCGUAUACAGCCGCGACAAUCCCAACCUUCUCUUUUCUAUGAAUGGGUUCGAAGUGCGCAUCCUACCCAAAAUUCGCAACCUCAACGAGGAGUUCCCUACGAAGGACAGCGUGUGGUCACUCGUUGACAACGCCACGAAAGAGCGCACCGCACAUGCCUUCCUUCAGGUCACGGAAGAGGAUAUCCAGAAGUUCAACAACCGCAUUCGGCAGAUUCUAAUGUCCUCCGGGUCAACGACGUUUACCAAGAUUGCGAAUAAGUGGAACACUACGCUUAUUGCGCUGUUCACAUACUACCGCGAGGCAGCUGUGUCAACCGUUAACCUCCUUGACACAAUUGUUAAGUGUGAGACCAAGAUUCAGACACGUGUCAAGAUUGGUCUAAAUUCCAAGAUGCCUUCGCGCUUCCCUCCAGCGGUCUUCUAUACUCCAAAGGAACUAGGUGGUCUCGGUAUGAUCUCGGGAUCUCACAUCCUGAUCCCUGCGAGUGACAAGCGGUGGUUUAAGCAGACCGAUACUGGCAUUACGCACUUCCGUGCUGGUAUGUCGCACGACGAGGAGACAUUGAUCCCGAACAUCUUCCGCUACAUUAUUCCGUGGGAAUCCGAGUUCAUCGACUCGCAGCGUGUGUGGAUGGAAUAUUCACAGAAACGACAAGAAGCACAUCAACAGAACCGGCGAUUAACAUUGGAGGACUUGGAGGACAGCUGGGACCGAGGUCUUCCUCGUAUCAACACACUUUUCCAGAAGGACCGUAGCACUCUCAGUUUCGACAAGGGUUUCCGAGCUAGGACCGAGUUCAAAAUCUACCAACACAUGAAGAGCAACCCAUUCUGGUGGACGAGCCAGCGACAUGACGGCAAGCUCUGGAAUCUUAAUGCCUACAGAACGGACGUUAUUCAGGCUCUUGGUGGUGUCGAGACUAUUCUCGAGCACACACUCUUCAAGGCGACCGCUUUCCCGUCCUGGGAAGGUCUGUUCUGGGAAAAGGCAUCUGGAUUCGAAGAGUCGAUGAAAUUCAAGAAACUCACAAAUGCUCAACGAUCCGGUUUGAAUCAAAUUCCCAACCGUCGAUUCACCUUGUGGUGGUCUCCUACGAUCAACCGUGCCAACGUCUACGUCGGUUUCCAGGUCCAGCUUGACCUGACUGGUAUCUUUUUGCACGGCAAGAUUCCGACACUAAAGAUUUCUUUGAUCCAGAUUUUCCGUGCACAUUUGUGGCAGAAGAUUCACGAGUCAGUCGUAAUGGAUUUGUGCCAGGUCUUUGACCAAGAACUGGAAGCUUUAGGUAUCGAAACGGUGCAGAAGGAGACCAUCCAUCCUCGUAAAUCGUACAAGAUGAACAGCUCAUGCGCUGAUAUCUUGCUGUUCGCCAGCCACAAGUGGAGUGUGUCAAACCCAUCCCCGCUCCAAGACAAUAAGGAUCAAAUGGGCGCUACUACGACAAACAAGUUCUGGAUCGAUGUGCAACUGCGCUACGGUGAUUACGAUUCUCAUGACAUUGAGCGCUACGUUCGCGCGAAGUACCUUGACUACACUCAAGACAGUAUGAGCAUCUACCCAUCGGCCACCGGUUUGAUGAUCGCGAUUGAUCUAGCUUACAAUCUGUACUCGGCAUAUGGCCAGUAUUUCCCUGGUCUCAAGCAGCUGGUGCAGCAGGCCAUGGCCAAGGUCAUGAAGGCUAACCCUGCUCUUUACGUCCUUCGCGAGCGUAUCCGAAAGGGUCUACAGCUGUACGCUUCGGAGAGCAAUCAGGAAUUUCUCAACUCCCAGAACUACUCCGAGUUGUUCAGCAAUCAGGUCCAGCUGUUCAUUGAUGACACAAACGUCUACCGUGUCACUAUCCACAAGACUUUCGAGGGUAACUUGACCACCAAGCCCAUCAACGGUGCUAUCUUCAUCUUCAACCCUCGAACGGGACAGCUUUUCCUCAAGAUCAUUCACACUAGUGUCUGGGCUGGACAGAAGCGUCUCGGUCAAUUAGCCAAAUGGAAGACUGCAGAAGAAGUUGCAGCUCUCAUCCGAUCUCUGCCCGUUGAGGAACAGCCGAAGCAGCUCAUUGUCACGCGAAAGGGUCUGCUCGAUCCCCUAGAGGUCCACUUGCUCGACUUCCCAAAUAUCUCCAUCCGUGCAUCGGAGCUGCAACUUCCUUUCCAGGCUGCCAUGAAGGUUGAGAAGCUUGGUGACAUGAUCCUUCGCGCGACUGGCCCUCAAAUGGUGCUCUUCAACCUCUACGAUGAAUGGCUAAAGACAAUCUCGUCUUACACGGCAUUCUCGCGUUUGAUCCUCAUUCUGCGCGCUUUGCACGUGAAUCAGGACAAGACCAAGUUGCUCUUGCGCCCAGACAAGACGGUCAUUACACAGGAGCAUCACAUCUGGCCGACGUUGGGUGAUGACGAGUGGAUCAAGGUGGAGGUGUCGCUGCGUGAUCUUAUCCUCAACGACUACGGCAAGAAGAAUAACGUCAACACCUCAUCGCUCACUAGCAGUGAAGUGCGCGACAUCAUCUUGGGAAUGGAAAUUUCAGCGCCUUCGAUGCAACGUCAACAGGCUGCCGAGAUCGAUGCGCAACAACAAGAGCAGCAACAACUUACUGCUGUGACUACAAAGACCCAGAACAUCCACGGCGAGGAGAUGGUCGUCACUACAACAUCCCAAUACGAACAGGCAUCUUUCGCUUCCAAGACGGAGUGGCGCACCAGGGCAGUGGCGACUUCGAACCUGCGCACCCGUGCCAACAACAUCUACAUCAACUCUGAAGAUGUCAAGGAAGAAGGCCACUUCACCUAUGUCAUGCCAAAGAACGUUCUGAAGCGAUUCAUCACCAUCGCAGACUUGCGGGUACAGGUUGCAGGGUAUCUGUACGGCCGAUCCCCGCGAGACAACGACCAGGUGAAGGAGAUCGUAACCAUCGUAAUGAUUCCUCAGGUCGGUAACACUCGCGAUGUACAGCUGCCCAAGACCCUGCCGCAUCAUGAGUACCUCAACGACCUUGAGCCUCUGGGUAUCAUCCACACCGUCAGUGGCAACGAGCCUCCCUACAUGCAAGCUAGCGACGUAACACAGCACGCUCGUUUGAUGAACACACACUCGACCUGGGAUAAAAAGACGGUCUCUAUGACCGUUUCAUUCACGCCUGGUUCAGUCUCACUCGCAGCCUGGGCACUUACACCAGCAGGCUACAAGUGGGGCGCCGAGAACAAAGAUACCAUGUCCGACAACCCGUCUGGCUUCUCCACCUCAUUCGGUGAAAAGUGCCAGCUUCUGCUCUCGGACAAGAUCCGCGGCUACUUCCUGGUCCCCGACAACGGCAUCUGGAACUACAGUUUCUUGGGUAGCGCUUUCGGUACAGUCGAGAAGAGGCCAGUGAAUGUGAAGCUUGACACGCCGGCGCGGUUCUACGAUGGCGUGCAUCGGCCGUUACAUUUCCACAACUUCGCGGAAUUGGAGGAUGUAUGGGUGGACCGCGAGAAUCAAUUCGAGUAAUUGGGUACAUGGAAUUAACAGUGUAUAUCAGUUCGGCGUUGGGGGAUUCUGGCGUUGAAACAUAGUCGGCUUAGGGCCUUGUGGUAUAUCAGUUGCAUUUGGGCGGGUGUGGGAUGGCGAAGCAAAAAGGUGUAUAACUGCGUGUAUUAAUUGGAUUCGAAAAUGCAUAUAAGCUUCUCCCUG